UUUACGGAUAUAUGGCUUAAACAUUGUGUAAACAUGAUGCAGUGGCACAAAGCCGAUAGGAGCCGUAGAUAUGGUGUCGCGGUCUACAACUUCCACUUAGAUCGGCCGCCCUGCCUGAAACUGAGUGUCGGUGAAUCUGUACACAUCUUAGAAGAAACUGAAGGAUGGUACUGGGGUUACACCACACGGAACAAAAACCAGAGAGGGGUCUUCCCAAAAACUUAUGUACAUAUAAAGGAAGCAGCUGUAUUUACUACUGGCUCACUAGAAACUAUUGCACCCAAGGAGCUACCAUUGUCUCAGGAGAUCAACUCUGUAUUAAGAGAAUGGCACGGCAUGUGGAAACAAUACUUCGUAGAAAGAAAUCAAGAUUUUGGGACGAUCAUGGACAUGAUGCAAGAGCUGAUUCACUGGCGGAGAAAAAUUAUGUCAAGGAAACUGACAGCGGAGGAACUACGAGAUUUACAGCAGAGGAUAUCGUCUAGAAUUGAUAUUGGAAAUGACAUGCUUGACCUUGACCUGGUUGUCCGAGAUGAGCAGGGAAAUGUCCUUGAUCCUGAGUCAACAAGUGCUAUUAACCUCUUCAAACAGCAUGAACUAGCUGCAGAUCGAAUCAAAGCAGAAAAGGUGAAUGCUGGAAAGGAGGAUGGAGUCAAUCUCACAUGGCCACACACUUUUAAUCUUUUUGUCAAGCUUAGAAAUUUUGUUUGUCGGAUCGGUGAAGAUGCAGAUAUUCUGAUGAGCCUUUACGAUGCCAAAUUUGGAAAAUUUAUAAGUGAAAAUUAUGUUGUGAAAUGGGCCAAAGGAGGUGGGGUACCAAAGAACUUAGAAAUGCUGAACAAUUAUAAAGUGGUGUUCACGGACUUAGGUGCUAAAGAUCGACAACGAGAAAAAGUGCAUUUAGUUUUUCAAAUUGUGAGAAUAGGGGUCAUGGACACUAAAGAUGUAGACGACAAGAAACAGACAAAAGGGCUAAAGCGACCAUUUGGAGUAGCAGCCCUUGAUAUCACAGAAAUCAUGAACGGCAAACAAGAGUGUUCCGAGGAGACACAACAUUUUAUACCAUUUCAACAAUGUGGGGAAAAGGAAGCGAUGGAAAGCUUGAUCCGGAAGGUAGUCACUGCCAAGGAAAUCAACCACAAAGGCCAGGGAGUAUGGGUGUCCAUGAAAAUCCUUUCUGGUGACCCCAAACAAGUGCGAGAAGACUUCCCUCACCUUGUGGGCCAGAAUACACCAGUGUCUCGUAAAAUGGGGUUUCCAGAAGUCAUCAUGCCAGGUGAUGUACGAAAUGAUAUAUAUAUCACAAUCAAGCAGGGAGAAUUUACUCGUGGACCAACAAAAACAGCUGAUAAAAAUGUGGAGGUUACUAUGGUGGUCUGUAACAAAAACCUGGAAAAAUUGAAGGGUGUGAUUAGUCACGGCUGUGGAGGAGAGCUGAUGACUGAGUACAAAUCAAUGGUGUACUACCAUGAGGACAAACCUAAGUGGUAUGAAACAAUUAAGGUGGCCAUAUCCACAGAAGAGGAGUUUAGAGGAUUACAUCUCAAGUUUUUGUUUAAACACAGAUCAACAAGUGAAAGCAAAGACAGAUCAGAGCGACCAUUUGCCAUGUCAUUUGUGAAACUGAUGAAUAAGAACAGCACGACACUGGCUGAUACUGAUCAUAACCUACUAGUGUAUAAGAUUGAGAGAAAGCAUGAUAACAGUGACCCGUAUCUUGACCUGCCAUCCACACGAGAUGUGCUUGAUUCUCAGGAUAUUCACAAGGGAAGCAGAAUACCACUGUUCUCCGGACCCUUCACACUCAACCAGAGGGACAGUUUCAUGAUCAAUACAUUUGUUUGCUCCACUAAGUUAACACAUAAUGUUGACCUCCUGGGAUUGUUAAAAUGGCAGGACAUGUUGAAUGACACAACUGUAUUGAGAAAUCACCUAGACAAGCUAAUGCAUGUAGAUGGAGAAGAGAUUGUCAAGUUUCUACAAGAUCUUCUGGAUUCUUUGUUUAAUAUUCUGAUUGAGACAAACAUUUCCGAGAUGUAUGAUAACUUAGUGUUUGAGGCAUUGGUACACAUUAUUGGCCUGAUAUCAGACAGGAAGUACCAUCAGUUCCGGCCUGUCCUGGAUGCCUAUGUGACCACUUCCUUCAGUUUCGCCAUGGCCUAUGAGAAGUUGAUGUUGAUCCUUCGAGACUACGUAGACCGAGCUAUGGAGGUGAAUCAGAAGGUCUUGAUACGAGCCAUGAAGUCACUGGAAUACCUCUUCAAGUUUAUUGUGCAAUCUAGGAAUCACUUUUCUCUAUUAAAUGAAGGGAGAGGUAAACAGUUAUUUGAGCUGCAAAUGAAGCAGCUUAUCCAGGCGAUCAGUGGGAUGAUGUUGUACACAAGCGAUAACACUCUACUGGCUCAGGGAUCUGCUCUGAAAUACCUCUGUUCUGCUAUACCUGACAUCAUGCAUGUGUUUGACCCUCUUGAACUCAGUGAAUUGAUGGUAGAAUUUAUCAACAAUGUGCCAAAGGACCGACUACGAAAACAGAAGUUGAAGUGUAUAGAUGAUCUAGUACAUAGUGUGUUGUUCAAAUCCCCAGAUUGUCGUGCUAUCUUGCUGCCUAUGAUCCUGAAUCACACUGGCUCAUUACUUGAGAACCAGGAGGAACUAGAGGAUUGUGUAGAUGUGCUCAGUGAUGUGAUGAAUCAGAUGCAUGAUAAGACUACAGUUCCUCACACCAAUGAUAUUGAUUUGAUCAUGAAGAUGAACCUGAGGAUUGUGAUCCGCUCAGCUGUGUGUAUGGACAAGACGUCAAAAGAAGCGAGUCGGUGUGUGGCUGUGCUAUUGUCCAUACUGAGAAAGAUGACGGAGAACCACUACCUGAACUACAUCCGUGAGUUUUCUUUCCUCACCGACCUCCAGGACUUUCUGAUGGAGAUCCUUACAUUAUUCCAAGUCCUUAUCAAAGAAAACGUAUUUGCAUCUGACUGGCUGGCAAUGAACAUGCUGCAGAACAGCAUCAUUAUCCGAGCCUUGAGGUUCUUCGCCCAGACAAUCUGUGAGAAAUUUACUACAUCAUUCGAGGAACAGCUGUGGAGCUGUUUCUUCCAUUGUGCAAUAGCCUUCCUUACGCAGCGUCCGCUACAGCUAGAGCAGUUCUCAGUGUCCAAACGUAACAAAAUUGUGUCAAGGUACAGUGACAUGCGGCGUGAAAUGGGAUUUGAAAUACGCCAGAUGUGGUCAAGAUUAGGUGUUAACAAGAAGUACUUCAUACCUACUUUAGUGGAGCCUAUCCUUGAAAUGACAUUGGUGCCAGAACUAGAACUAAGGAAAGCCACUAUUCCUAUCUUCUUUGACAUGAUGCAGUGUGAGUUUACACAAGUUGAUCCAGUCACAAGAAAAAUCAAAGGAAACUUUGACCAGACAGAAAACGAGCUCAUCAUGAAACUAGAUGCCCUGGUGGAGGGAGGCUAUGGUGAUGAGGAGUACAUGGAUCUCAUGUAUGAUAUAUUACAUCGAAUGUGCAAUGGUAAUGAUGCAAUGCGUAGUCAAGGUCUGGCCUUUGUGGAUAUGAUAAAGCGACUACUGCAGCGCCUUCUGGAGUAUCGUAAGAUCAUUCAGUAUGAGAGUAAGGAACACAGAAUGAACUGUAUAGUGAACUUGCUCAACUUCUACCAUGACAUUGAUCGUCAGGAGAUGUACAUCCGUUACCUGUACAAGCUAUGUGAUCUUCACAUCGAGUGUGACAACUAUACUGAGGCAGCUAACACACUCCAGUUACAUGUCAACCUUCUCCAGUGGUCAGACGAUAACCUACCUCUGAUGCUCCAGAGUAACUGGUACCCAAACACCCACACCCACCGUGGACUCAAAGAGAAGCUGUACUAUGACAUCAUUUCCUUCUUUGACAAAGGAAAGAUGUGGGAGAAGGGUAUCCUACUAUGUAAAGAACUGGUUCACCUGUAUGAGAAUGAGCUGUUUGACUAUGAAAGGCUCAGUGUGAUACUGCGCAGACAGGCAGACCUAUACAGCUGUAUUAUAAAGGAGCUAAGAGCAGACCCUGAGUACUUCAGAGUGGGCUACUUUGGUCGAGGAUUUCCAGCAUUUGUACAAAACAAAGUGUUCAUCUACCGCGGCAAAGAGUAUGAGAGACUUACUGACUUUAAUGCCAGGAUGCUUAGCAUGUUUCCAAAUGCAGAGGUACUGAAGUCCCUGUCGCCACCAUCACAGGACAUGAUGGAGUCUAACAAACAGUAUUUACAGAUCAAUGCUGUUACCCCUGUCCUGGAGUUGCAGGACAGAUUUGUCAACAAACCAGUCAGCGAACGCAUUCUAAAGUAUUACAAUGUCAAUGAAGUCAAUAAAUUCACAUAUUCACGGCGGAUGGAUGAGAGUAACAGUGAUAUCACCAAAAUGUGGCUGGAACGGACAACAAUGGUUUCCUCUUACUCACUACCGGGGAUAUUAUGUUGGUUUCCCGUCAUCUCAACCACCACAUACCAGGUGAGUCCCUUGGAGAAUGCCAUAGAGACACUGGAUGCUACCAAUAAAAAGAUAAACCUCCUCAUAGAGCAGCACACAGCAGACUCCGGUCAAAGUGUGUCCAGUCUUGGUAUGGUACUCAAUGGUGUAGUGGAUGCCUCGGUCAAUGGAGGAAUCACCAACUAUAAGAUCUUCUACUCAGAGGACUAUGGCGAUUCAGAAAAGGACAUGAAUCUGGUUAUCAAACUUAAAGAUUUAACACGUAACCAGAUGAUCCUUCUGCGAGAGGCCUUAAACAUCCACAAGAAAAAAGUAACAGAUGACUUAAAACCUUUCCAUCAUCACAUGGAGCAGAGGUUUGAGGAGAUGUGUAAUCUGAUCAAACAGGAGUACAGUCUCAAGCCCCCUGACAGUGCCUACAUGAACACACUGAAGAGAUACAAGUCCAUGUCUGCAGUCAGUCUGAGUCGGUUAAGUGAGGCCUUUACAGUUCCCUCAGAGAGUAACUAUCCCACUCCCAAGACAACUCAGGUGGCCACACGAUCUCCAUCAGUCUGGGUGAAGGGUGACCGGUCAACAGGCUCUCCAUCACCAAGCAAAGGCUUACAAAAAGUCAGCAACUUGGGUAUAUUUAAGCGAACGUCUGUAGCAGCCUCCUCUGAUCACAGUAGUGAGGGCAGUAACAGCAAUAGGAACUCGCUUGAAGCUGCCUCCGUCAUUGAGUUGAAUGAGCAGAUAACACCAAAGCGACCUCUACGCCCAGAAAACUCAGAGAGGAGACAGAGUCAUACCUACUCCAAUCAAUUCAAAACGGAAUCGUUUACAACACUGAAUAUUAGCACCAGCAGUUUGGCCUCCAAUAACACAGACACCAACAGCAGCAGUGACCAGGAAUUGGCCGAUGUUUCAGCAGAGCCACCUCAGUUACCAGAGAAACACAGCACAUGUUCCGAUUACUCCAACCUCACCAAUGACAUUCCAGACUUCCCCGUCCCUCGCAACUCCACCGCAAGUGCAACAGGAAAUCGAAAAUCCAAGAACGAUACCAAUCACUUCUAUGAGAGUCCUCUGCCCUCUCUACCUAAGGACAAGGACAUGGCACCCCCGCCUGUGCCCAAAAAACACACCACGCCAAAGAUUAACAACAACCUCUCUGUCGACUGAUGCUUACUCCCUUUGAAUGAACUCUUCUCACAUUCUGUAUGAAUUCUUCAUUCUACUUGCUGUGUGCUCAGCAUGUACAGUGGAGAUAAUUGUUGAGAACCUGCUGUUUUCCAGAAAGAAUUUCUCGGACUCUGCAUGAAGACUAGCUCUGAAUCUGUGAUAGCUGAAACUGUUCCAAUCCUAAAGAAACUACUUGGGUCUUUUGUGUCUUGCUUGGAUCUCAGCAGUGACCAAUUCCUUUUCCUGUAGGGUUUGAUAAACCUUACUAAUGUAUGAUUAUGAAGAUUUUUUUCUGUUUUUUGUUUUUUUUUAUUAUUUGUGCCUGUAUAAAAACUGUUUUGGACUUUGCAGUGAAGUUAAGCAGUUAACGGUUACAAGCUCAGACUUUGAGAAUUGAUGUAAAUUUGAAAUUUAACAAUGGUGUAUGUUUGAAGUGGUCACAUAAAACUGUUUAGUAUAAUAUGUCAACAUACAGUGUUGUCUAAGCACCUAGAUAGUUUAAAGGAAUUUUGCAGACACAGAUGCCUCAAUAACUUAUUUAAAGUUUGAUUUUAAAGUUUGUAUUAAUGUGUUUUUGAAACUCUUUAUAUAAAACACUUUUUGAUACUUAGCAUCAGUGUGUUUUAGAUCUGAACAUCAGUCAUUGUUGUACCACUCCAUGUAUAGUUAGUUAUGGCAGUCAGGAGUCUCUGUCUUCAGUCAUACCUAUCUUUUAUUAAUAAAUAAAAUGCUUAGAAUGUUGAUUUUUGUGUGUACCUGUACCGUGUCAUAUCUUUUGUGUAUUUCUGUGUCCUAGUAUAUAACUAUCUUACAUUCCCUGUGUAUAUUGAAUUUGUUAUAUAGAUAUAUCUUGAUAGGUUUAUAACAUUGUAUCAACAUUUUAACGUUUUUUAAUGCUAUAUGUAGGUAUAAUUCUGUCAACUUUGAUCAGAAAUGUUUGAUUUAAUGAUUUGAGCUUUGUAAUUUGCCACAGAGAGAAAUUCUAGAGAGAUUUAGAGGUAAGUGUUAACAGUGUAUUGUGAUAACCAUUGUAACAUGUUAUGUGCAGUAAGAAAUUAUUCCUUGCUGAUACACCAGUUAACUUUGAUACUCUCAGUAAUCAUUUCAGCUAUCAAGUUCUUGUAGUGUGAAACUCUGGUAGAUUGGAAUGGCUUUUGUGUUACUUAUUGAUUCUGGUGUUGAUGUCAUUAGUUAUUGAUUGUUAUUGAUAAUUAGUGUUUUAGUUAAGUCAACAUUGAGUACUUUCAGCUGUAACUAUCAAGAAUAAUUCAUAACCAUAUAUUAUAUCAUAACUACCUUCCAAUUUCAUAGAAUUUGUGUCAAAAUGUCUUAAUAAAAGUAGACAAUUGUUUAAUCAUAAUUUUUUUUUUUCGGUCUUGUUCUUCAUGCCAUGAUUAUGUUGAAUAAGUUAAUGUGACAGAGCGUCAUAUGUACAGAAAAUAUACUUAUAUACGGUAAAUUUCCAUACACAAUAUAAAUGUGUCAUAUGUACAGAAAAUAUACUAAUAUACGGUAAAUUUCCAUACACAAUAUAAAUGUGUCAUAUGUACAGAAAAUAUACUAAUAUACGGUAAAUUUCCAUACACAAUAUAAAUGUUGCAUAUUUAUGAACUGAUGUGUAUUUCUUGUAUAAAACUUAUUAGCAAUGUGUAGUGAAUGCUCACAACAUUAACAUCUUUGUGCUUUGAAGUGUUGAUAAAAUGAUCAAAUCUACUAUAUAAUUGAAUGUUUUACCAACCUUAAUGGAUAGAUUCAGAGAAUUCCUUAUUCUUUAAAAAAUAAACCGUCAAAGAAUGUUUUAUCAAUGUACAUACUGAAUUUUUUGCUAAAUAUGUCAGAGAGUAUUUGAAAUUGUUGGUAAAGUUUUACUGUUUAUUUAUAAAUAUCUAACACUGAAAUAAGAUCUAAUACUGUGCAGUCAUCUUGAAAGUGGAAAACCUAGCAACCAAAAAGAAUUUCAUUGUAAACUUUCCAGACUAGGAAUCCAAACCCAAAAUAUAUGUUUGGAGGACACUCCUUAUUAGGGAUUAUAUUUCUGUGUAGCGCUGGUUGCUAGGGACAAGAUUUUUGUGGUAUGACUUUUGCUAGGGACAAGAUUACAGCGAGUUACUUUCUGUGAGGUAAAAGGUUUCUCUGUGGCACUUACUGCUAAGAACUAGAUUUCUAUGUGGUAUUAUCAUUGGGCCAUAUGUGUCUAUAUGGCACUUAUUGCUGGCAACUAGACUUCUGUGUCAUAUUGUUGUAUAGCCAGAUAUUUCUGUAUAGCAAUUGUUGCUGGGGCUUGAUAUCCAAAUUGUAUUGUCACUUGGCCCAUUGUUUCUAUAUGGCACUUGUUGCUAGGGACUUGAUCUUUGUGUAACUGUUGCUAGGGACAAUGUGAUAAUACAUUUAAGUGAUAAGGUUUCUGUGACACUUGUUACUAGAGAAAAGAUUUCUGUGUGGUGAUUGUUACAAAGGACUAUAUUUUUGUGUGGUACUUGUCGCUAGGUACUAUAUUUCUGUGUGGUACUUGUUGCUAGGGACUAUAUUUUUGUGUGGUACUUGUCGCUAGGGACUAUAUUUCUGAUAGUACUUGUUGCUAGUGACUAGAUUUCUUUUUGAUACUUGUUGCUAGGGACUCAAUUUGUUGCUACCUUGUUUUCUUUUAGUUUCUGUUUAAACAAAUUAGAGAGCAGUCAAAAUGGAUAAAUGUGUUUCAUGUCCUCUAGUCAGACUAUAAAGUGCGUUAUGAACAAUAUGAACAAUAUAUUUAAGACAUUGUGUAAAUAUUCACAGAUCAUAGACAGCAGUUUUAGAUCAUCUGGCAAUGUGUGUUUAACAAGAAAAUUAUGUAAAUAAUAAUGACAUUGAUUAAAACUACAGCUGUAGAGAGUGUAUAAUGUCCUCAUUUAGUAUGACAGCAUUUCUGUGUGGCCUUUAUAAUGUCAGGCUUUCUGUCAUGGAGAUAUAAUGAUCAAUCUUUUUUAAUUAAAAUCUCAAAUAUGGUAUUUACGGUAUUGUAGCUGGUUUUACUAUGGCAUCAAAGUAGGAUUAUAGUUCCUGGUGAAGCCUACAAGAAUAACAACACCCUAACUGUUCUGUCCGGGUGACAUGUCAGGCCAAUAGAGGACUGGUGUGCCAGAUCUGACAGAUGCAUUAACUAGUCAAUUUCUUAACCAUUUGUUAGAGUCCCUCUUGUAGAAAAGCUUAAUCGCUAAUUUUUGUGUGAUUCUCCAAAGUGCUUUAGUCAGAGGUCAAAUGACUGGAGCAGUUUCAUUAAGAACAUGUUCUGAAAUUGAUCAAUUGUUUUUUUGUAAAAUUGUGCCAAUAUUACGACAGGUAAAAUUUCAUGUCAGCAGUGAAGAAGUGUAUUGAUUGUCAAUGGGUACUCCCUAGCACAAUUUUGUAGUGAAAAUAGCUUUGAUUUUUAAUGAUAAAAACUAGAUUUUAUCGCCAGCGUUUCAUGAAAUAUUGUGAUAGUAAUGACAUGUUUGAUGUACAUUAUGCCUGUUCGCAGUGUCGGUAUCUCUUCAGGUGCUUGUUUUAUAAUCAACUCUACAAGAUUUUUCAUUGAUAUCUCUGUCGUUAUGUACAUCAUUUCACUUUUGUAGAAUCUGUUGAAGCCAUCUGUGUGAAUUUGCUAUGUAUAUAUAUACAAUUUAUCUGCCAGCAGAUGUUUAUUUUUCACACAUUUUAUAUAAUUUUGCUAGCAUUCAGCUAGCUGAUAUAAUGAUCAUGCAAAUUUUGCCUAGUGGCAUUUUUUAUUUUUGUAUAUAUAUGUGGAGCUGCCAGCCAGCUGUAUUAUGGUGAGAGCUUGGCAGCAUAUAUAACAGUAAACAUCUACAGCGUACAAA